GGUAACGUGAACGCAGCACCAUCUAGCAAUCAUGGCGCCUUCCAAAAGACGCAACGUGAUUUUGAGGAUAACAGCAGAACAAAGCGGAAAAAGGGCUAAAAUUGACCUAAAUACCAAAGUCAAAGAUGUACUCCAGGAUAAAAAAAAUGCAAACGACGUGUUUGACAUCCUCGAGCUCCUUGAGUCGGAAAAAGAGAAAGACGUGGUCAAUGCUGUCAAUGCCUGCAGCAAAUUGUUCAGCACCUUGUUGGAGAAGAAAGAUCUUUUUUUGGGCAAACUGCCUACAGGGGAAGAGGAAGAGGCGUUUAUUGGAGGGUUGAGCGCGGAGGAGAAGUACCGGCUGUUCAUGCGACAGCGAUACAGCAGCUGUGUGGAGAUGCUGCUGGAGCACCUCGACCACGAGCUGUACAGCGUGAAGGAGAGCGCCCUGUGCUGCCUCAUGAAGUUCGCUGAAGGAGAAGGACGGCAUCCCCUCGAGGACUUGGACUGGAGUGAACACUACAGCUUCCCAAGAGAACUCCUCCAGGGAGUGGUGGACAGGCUGCUGAGCAGAACAACAGAAAACUCCAUGCUGAUCUCCAGGUUCCAGGAGUUCCUUGAGAUGGAGGACGUACGCUAUUACGUCAUGAGUUCCAUCCGUGAGAAUGUGGGCAAAGUCCUGGCCAAAAACAAGGGGGCGCUGAUUCCUGUAUAUCAGAACAACGUGUUCUCCCUCAUGUCCAACAUCAGCAUACCAAGCCAGGAGUCCGGGCUCACCAACUUCAUGAUCAAACAGGAAGCCAAGCACGAUGACUGGAAAGUUGCUAAACUGAAUGAACACAAACGUGCCUUUGAGAAGAUGUGGCUGGGCUUUCUCAAGUAUAAGUUGCCGAGCAACAUGUAUAAAAAGAUCUUGGUGAUCCUCCAUGACUCCAUUUUACCCCACAUGAGUAAACCCACACUGAUGAUUGACUUCUUGACGGCUGCCUAUGACGUUGGUGGGGCUAUCAGCCUGCUGGCUCUCAAUGGGCUUUUUGUCCUCAUACAUCAACACAACCUAGAUUACCCAGAUUUCUACAAGAAGCUGUAUAAUUUGCUUGAGCCCUCUGUUUUCCAUGUGAAGUACAGAGCACGCUUUUUCCAUCUAGCUAACCUCUUCCUCAGCUCCAGUCACUUGCCGCUGUACCUGGUGGCUGCGUUCGCCAAACGCCUGGCUCGCUUGGCUCUCACAGCACCGCCUACGGCCCUCCUCAUCGUGCUGCCCUUCAUCUGCAACCUGAUCCGGCGCCACCCGUCCUGCAGAGUCCUCGUGCACAAGCCGAGCACACAGGAUGAGUCUGUGGAGGACCCGUAUCUAAUGGAGGAAGAGGAUCCUGCUCAGUGCCGCGCCUUGGAGAGCAGCUUGUGGGAGAUUAAGACACUGCAGAGUCAUUACCACCCAGACGUGGCCAAAGCUGCAGGCUCCAUCAACACGCCGCUGUCGGGACUAGAGGACGACAUCAGCGAGCUGCUGGAAAAAACAACAUAUGAGCUGAUGGAGAGAGACCUGAAGCAGACACGGAAGACUGUCCCCCUGGAGUUUGAAACUGCCACACAGUUACUCAAAGGAGGGGGUGAUGUGUUAGGACAGCACUUCUGUCUGGGUUAAAAGCAGGAAAAAUGACCAACCUGUAAUUGGUACAAGUUCUGCAUUUAUGGGACCAGUUCAGACCGUCUAGCCGCUUGGCCUGGACACAAAGUCUUCUUGUUAAAAGCAGCAGCAGCAAUAACAUACUUUCAUUUAACCUGGAGUUAUAUUUUUAUUGUUUGGUCCAUGACAAUUAAAGUGUAAUUGUUGUCAAUCAAUAAAAACAUUUUCAAAUUUCA